AUGAAUCAUAGGGCAAUUCGGCCAUCGAGUGCUUAACAAAAUAUAUCUCAUGUAAGUGACAAGAAUGUCUCAUUUCAUAAGAAGUACUAUAUUUCAUUCACUCUUAGCCCUUACAAGUAGCCAAAUGUAUAGAACGUUUCAUAAUACAGAGUCAAAGAGAGUGAAAAGUUAUUUGAGGAGAGUCUGUAGCUAAAGUUGUUAAUGAAUUAAUUGAAGGAUGAGAAUAUUAAGCUAAGAACAAGAAACACAAACCUAGAAAAAGACUUAUAAAAAUGUUAAAAAAUAAUAGAGGAAGUAGAGACUACUGGAAAUAUGAAACGAUUUUAUGCCAAACCAAGCACCGACAAUCAAAUGAUUCUCAGUUUCAAAGGUUAAAUUAAAGAAUUGCGAUUAAACCUUGAUUAAAGAGAAUAGGAAAUGCUAGCUCUCAAAAAGUCAGCCAAAUACACAAAACUCACGGAAAUGGAAAUUGAAAGGAAAAUGCUAUCCGAUGAAACAAUUCGAUUGAAAUAAGUUAUUGAUGAACUAGUUCAAUAAAAUUUAUAUGCCUAAUAAAAAGAGCAUGACUAAUAAAAAAUGUAGGAUAUGAUUUCACAACGAGACAAUCUUAUUAAGCAGAUGCAACUAGAUAUAGAAUCAUUUGAAACUGACAACAAAAAUCUUUAAUCCCAAUUGCAGUAACUCAUAUCAGCCUAUCAAGACCUUGAUAGAGAAUACGCUAAGUUAGAUUAAAGCAUGCAGAAUAAAUUAAAAUCCAAAGAUAAAUAAUUAAUUGAACUCAAAACCCAGCUUACAAGAUUGAAAGAGCAAUAUGAUAAAGAAAAGAAAAUGCUCCAACAGCCUAAAUUUAGUCCUACUCUCAAAACACACAAUAAAGUAGCUAAACGUAUUCAAAGUGCUAAACCUCCUGAACAGAUCACGAAACCAAUCCAAUUGGAUGAAGUGACUCAUAUCAUUUAGGAGAUUAAAUACAAAUUGAUUGCUUUGUCACUGCAUUCAAAAUAAAUCGAUACUUUACUAUUCAAUCAAUCAGCCUAAUAAACUACAAUAGGAUAUUUGACUGAGAAGUUGAUAAAUGAUCCAUUUUUCCUAAAUAAAACCGAUGCUAAUAACUUUGCUAGAUUUUUGAUUGAGUCUCCUGAAUAAAAGUAUCCCUACAUUCCCAAUCUCUCUAUUGCCUAAGACAACGGAUUGAUAAGAGGCAUGUUCUUUAAAGCAAUUGGGUUUUGGGCUUGCUAUGAUAAAGUUGAAAAGAGAGUAUUGGAAUCCAGUUUGGCUAAACUAUUCAAAGGAUCCUUAAGUUAAGUAGAAAAAGUUAUGAGUAGGAAUGUGUAUACAAAAAAGGAUUUUGUUGUUUAAAUUUUAAAAAUCCUAUCAAAAAAACAGAUUAGAGAAUUGGAAAUCACUUAUUUAAUUUCAAAAAUCAUACUGCAAUCAAAGAGUCUGAAUACUUUAAAAGGAGAUGCACUUAUAAAUUACCUAAGAGAACUAGAUAAGCUUGACGAUGAUGAAGAUAUCAGAGCUGAAGAAUUGCAAUAAUAUUAUGAUAGUCUAGGAUAAGAGAAGGGUUUCUUUUUUUAUAAGUAAUUAAGAAGCAAACAAGAGUAAUUGAUAGCAUUGUUGGAGACCAAGGAAGACAAAGUGGAGGAAAUAGAAACUAAUUAACUUAACGAUGGAGCCCCCUAGAAGUCAGUUUAACAAUAUAUAAUAAAAGGAGGACUAGUGAGAAGCCAUUCUGAUCCAGAUCCCUUACAAAUGCUUCAAAUCUAAAAGGAUGAGGAAGAAGCAGAAGAAGAGGAGAACUAUGAACAAGAGAUGUAAUAGGAAUACUUAAAUUAACAAAAAUCAUAAAAAGAUAAAUAUCCAUUUAAUUUCGAUGAACAAGAGGGUGAAUAUGAAAAUAAUGAGGAAGAGAAUGAUGAUUAUUAGCCUGAUUUAAAUAAUGCUUAGAUUGAUGAAUAAGAUUAAUAAGAGGAAGAGGAUGAUGAUUACAACAUCAACGUUGAUGGAGUCUUUGAGGAAGAUAAUGAUGAUGAGAAUGAUUAAUGGGAGAAAGUAGAAAAUAAAGGAAACUUUCCAGUUCGAUAAGAUCGAUAAAUUCCAAACAGUAGACCUACAUCCAGUUAUGUAAAUAAGGUUAAUAGAAGUAAUAGUGAUGUCAAGGCUAGUUUGGCUUCAGAAUUGCAUCCUACUAAAGAAAUUAAUGAAGAAGAAUAUAUGGAAGAAUAAUUUGAAGAAGAAAAUUGA